AUUGGCAAGCCCAUUUCUUAAAAAUGACUGGAGAUGAUGAAGCUCCAUUAUUGGACCUUGAAUGAUUGGCCAGCCAUGGAUCAGCCUAAUCAAAACUACUUUUGGGCUGUCCUUCUUCAGCUCAAUUCAACCCUUGACUUAGUAAAACCAAAUCCCAUACUUAUUCUGAAUCAGCAACAGAAAAAGGUGGGAAAACACAACUGUUUCACACUAAAAACCCUCACAAACAACCACAAAACUAAACAACAUACCCAUUUCUCCAAGAAACCAAAAGCUCCGAUCCAAUCCAAUGGAGGAUUAUGCAAAGCUACAACCCCAUCAUCCACAACAUUCCUCAUCUUCUUCCUCAAUGACCCUUUUUUCCAGAUUAGAUUACAUGGAUUUGGUUAUGAAGUAUUUGGAGAAAAAACAGAGGUUGGAAAGAGUGGGAGGCGUGGAAAAGAAGUGCAUAUCUUUGGAUGUUGCACUAAAAGAUACUUACUUUAAAGGUUCAUUGUUGGAUCGAGUGGCAUCUCUUGAGCACAGACUUUUCCAGCUAUGUUUGGAGAUGGAUUCAGGCAGCUCCUCAAAUCCUUCAUCAUUAGGUUCAACACAGACAUCAGCUGAUAUCAGUUCAUCUUCUCCAACUCCUAAACAGUUUUGCAGAGGGGAGCCAUCGUCUUCAUACCCCAUAUUCCAUUAUCCCAGCCAUGGAGGAACCUCAAAAAUUUCCCAAAUUCAGGAGAAGCCUCAAACUCAAAGACAUGAACAGAAAAAGAAGCAACAGAGUCCUCCAAAAAGGCAACUUGGUAAGACGAGGAGUGGAAAGGAUGAAGGAGGAUCUUGCAAAAAUGUCAAGAAAGGGAUUCCUCCCAAAUGGCUACACUUGAGGAUGUUUGGUUGCUAAUGCUUUUCUUCCUUCCUCCUCCUUUUUCCCAAGAACACAAUUCUCCAUGUUUCGAGAAAUGUUCGCUUUAGUUUUUGAGUUUGGUGGUGAUUUAGUAUAAUAUCAACCUACGAACAUAGAGCUUCGAAUACACUAUAUCCAAUGAUAAUGUACUUUGAAUAUAAUAUCUUGAUAACUGACCUUGCAUUCUAAUUCUCGCAUAA